AUGGUUAUGGUUUCUACUUUCAUCUUCUUUGGCUUUCUUCUUGGUGUGGUUGUUGUUGUUGCUGUUGAAUUUCUUGCUUUCUUGUGGAUCCUUAAACGACUACGUUGCAAGAUUAACAGUGAUAGAGACAAAAUUUCAUCAAUAAUCCGAAUUGGUAGUAGUAAUAGUUCACAAUUUGAUGAUUCUCAAUAUUCUUUCAAAAAUGAGAUUGUUCGUGUCAUUGAUAUUGGAUUUCGGUUUGGCUUUGGCUUUCUUCAGGGUGUGGUUUGGGAUUUAAUAGUAGUGGUUAGUUAUGUAAAAAAAUAA